AUGCCUAUUACAUUACAAAAAUCCACAGAAAGUGCCUUAGUCCAAUGGAGUGCAUCGCAUUUGAGUAAUAAUCUAACUAUCAAUCGCUCUUCUGAAUCACGCCGAUCAACACUGUAUGGCAUAUCACAUAAAAGUGGUUUUACUAUGGUAACUGUACCCGACAGUGGCACUAAACGCAUUCAAGGUCAAGUGAUCUGUCGUAUAAUGGGAAAUAAUAAUAAUGCAGCACCGGAAAGUGAUGCUCGAUUUACUGUUUAUGUUAUUCAGGCCGCAUUUAUUAAUCUACCUAUUCGAAAUUUACUUGUUCUUGCUUGCACGAAAAGUGUUCAAAUUUACGAAUUAGAUGGUACAACAAAUUUACAUAUUCAUAUGCUUGAUAAAAAUAAUACAAAUAAAACAGAAUCAUCAAUUUAUGCACGAGGUAUUGCAGGUAUUGGUCAAAAUUUACUCUGUGUUGGCAAUCACCAAGGGGAAAUUCUGGUGUUUAAUAUUCCUCCAAAAGGAAAUAAUAUAUUUCUCAAAGAAACAAUACAUGGGCAUCAAUUUGGCAUAACAUAUUUAGUAUCUAAUGCUAACUUAUUAAUAUCAAGUGAUACAAGUGGUGUAAUACUUAUAAAAAAUAUACGUACUAUGUCACGAAUAAAUGAAAUACAAUCUAUAAACGAAAGUGGCGUUACAUCAUUAUCCAUGUGGAAUAAUUGUAUUGUAGCCAGUUAUGCUAAUGGUAUGAUUCAUCUUUUUGAUCCGGAAAAUGCUCAAAUAUGUGGUUCAAUUGCUGCUCAUGCAAGAUGUAUAAAUGCAAUUGAUUGCAACGAACAAGGCUUACUUGCAUCUGUUGGUGAUGAUUGUUAUGUUAGAAUUUGGAAAUUAUCUGGUGAUGCAGAGAGUUUACAAAUUUCUCAUGAAUGUAAUUAUCAUCUUGACAAUAGUCAAUUAGUGGGUGUGAAAUUUUUAAAUUUAUCACGAGCAGAUUUAGCUAUCUCAGCUUAUGACUCAAAUGACAUUAUUAUACUUCGUGCAAUUUAG